UCCUAUAUGUCUGCAUAUAUGUCUGGCCAGGGAGCCCUAGUGAUCACAUGAAGCUCAAGCAACAGUCUCCCUCCCUCUAUUUCCAGUCCUCACUCCCACUUCAUUACUUGCAACUUUGCAAACUCGUCCAAAGCAGAAGCAUUUAUCCCAGACUCUGCUCUUGAUCUUGGGACAUACUAACAGCCAAGUUCUCUGUUUUUAACUUGCUGCUGAAACUAGACUGAAUAUUCACAGAGGAGCUUUUUUGGUACAAUAAAAGUAACUUUUUUUCUUUUGAAUAUGAGUCCUCUUUUGAAGAAAGUCUCUGGUGCUCAGGUCUGUCUUGUGCUCUGUGUUUUUGAUUUGACACUGCUUGGGGAUACAAUUUGGGGUCUCCCUAUGGAAGACCAGGAUUAUUACCUACAGGAAAUUAUCAACAGGGGUCAUUAUUAUUCCUUCCCGGAUCCUGAUGAGGAAUUUUCACCUUUCACAGAACAACCAAGGGAAGAAGAAAUGGAGCCUCCUGCAGAGACUGAAGAACCCCCAAGAUCCAGAACAGAUAAGAAGCAGUUCAAAACAAAGAAAGCCAACAAAAAAGAGAAAUCCAGUUUGGAGUCCCCAUCAGCUAAAAAUGGCAACAAGAAAGGUGAAAAAAGCAAGAAGAAUAAUGAAAGAAACCUGGAUGGUGACUCUGAAAGGCGAAGCAUUCACGAAGAUAUCCGAGAAAGUUGCCCUCCUUUGGGUCUUGAAACAUUAAAAAUUACUGAUUUCCAGCUCCAUGCUUCCACAGUAAAGCGAUAUGGUCUUGGAGCCCACAGGGCACGGCUGAAUAUUCAGGCAGGUGUUAAUGAAAAUGAUUUUUAUGAUGGUGCUUGGUGUGCAGGACGGAAUGACCCUUACCAGUGGAUUGAAGUAGAUGCUCGGAGGCUAACAAAGUUCACAGGAGUUAUCACACAGGGAAGGAAUUCUCUCUGGCUGAGUGAUUGGGUAACAUCUUACAAAGUUAUGGUGAGCAACGACAGUCAUGCAUGGGUCACAGUCAAAAAUGGUUCUGGAGACAUGAUUUUUGAAGGCAACAGUGAAAAGGAAAUCCCAGUCCUCAAUGAGCUGCCAGUACCUCUUGUUGCACGUUACAUUCGGAUAAACCCUCGAACAUGGUAUGAAGAAGGAAGCAUAUGCAUGAGACUGGAAAUCCUUGGCUGUCCUCUCCCAGACCCAAAUAAUUAUUAUCAUAGAAGAAAUGAAAUGACAACAACAGACAACCUUGAUUUUAAACACCACAACUACAAAGAAAUGAGGCAGCUGAUGAAAGUGGUGAAUGAGAUGUGUCCAAAUAUCACAAGAAUUUACAAUAUUGGCAAAAGUCACCAAGGGCUAAAGCUGUAUGCUGUUGAAAUCUCGGACAAUCCAGGAGAACACGAAGUUGGCGAGCCAGAAUUUCGAUAUAUGGCAGGGGCUCAUGGGAAUGAGGUGCUUGGACGUGAGCUAUUACUUUUGUUAAUGCAGUUUAUGUGCCAGGAAUAUCUGGCUGGAAAUCCACGUAUUAUACGUCUUGUUGAGGAUACCAGAAUUCAUCUUCUUCCUUCAAUCAACCCUGAAGGAUAUGAGAAAGCCUAUGAAGUAGGUUCAGAAUUAGGAGGAUGGUCUUUAGGUCGAUGGACUCAGGAUGGCAUAGAUAUCAACAAUAACUUCCCUGACUUGAAUACUUUGCUUUGGGAAGCUGAAGAUCGGAGGAAGGUUCAGAGAAAGGUCCCAAAUCAUCACAUUCCAAUUCCAGAAUGGUACCUAUCUGAGAAUGCUACAGUGGCAGUUGAAACACGAGCAGUAAUAGCAUGGAUGGAAAAAAAUCCAUUUGUGCUUGGGGGCAAUUUACAAGGAGGAGAACUCGUUGUUGCUUAUCCUUACGAUAUGGUCCGGUCCACAUGGAAAACUCAAGAGCAUACACCAACUCCAGAUGAUCAUGUUUUUAGGUGGCUGGCAUAUUCCUAUGCUUCCACUCAUCGGCUAAUGACAGAUGCUCGAAGGAGAGUAUGCCAUACAGAGGACUUCCAGAAGGAAGAUGGUACUGUAAAUGGAGCUUCAUGGCAUACCGUUGCCGGAAGUAUUAAUGACUUUAGCUACUUACAUACAAAUUGUUUUGAAUUAUCCAUAUAUAUUGGCUGUGAUAAAUAUCCACAUGAAAAUGAGUUACCAGAAGAGUGGGAAAAUAACCGGGAGUCCCUUAUCGUUUUCAUGGAACAGGUACAUCGGGGAAUUAAAGGCAUGGUGAGGGAUCAACAUGGAAAAGGAAUCCCAAAUGCAAUUAUUUCUGUAGAAGGUGUAAACCAUGACAUUCGCACAGCAAAUGAUGGAGAUUAUUGGCGCCUUCUCAACCCAGGAGAAUAUGUGGUCACUGCAAAAGCAGAGGGUUACACGGCUGCCACCAAAAACUGUGCUGUAGGCUAUGACAUGGGUGCAACCCGAUGUGACUUCACAAUUAGCAAGACCAACUUGGCCCGAAUCAAAGAGAUCAUGGAGAAAUUUGGAAAGCAACCCAUUAGUCUCUCACUCCGACGGUCCAGACAGCAAGGAAGGCAGAGACGGCAGCAGUUUAGACUACUUUCUAGAGUGUAAAAAAAAAAUUGCUAUCUUGUCUUGCACCUAAACUGAAGCCUACUCUAGCAGUAGAAAAAAUAUGCAGGAGAUAUUUAUAAAUACAGUAUCCUUUUCUAACCAUAUUCUCAUUAGCAAUCUUGGCCUGAAGGAUAUUUCGGAUGCCACAGCUCAAUGUUUAGAUUUAUGUGCUAUUCUGAAAAUACUAGAAAAUAAUACAGUGCCCUAAAAAAGAUGUUGCUGAAUAGCAGUUGAGUGUGGCAUCUACACUUUUUGAGCUGGAGGAAAGCCUCAAUAUAACUGAGUGCUAAGACGAAAUUCUGUGCAAAUAUGACAUCACAUAAUCUGCUUCACUUGAAACCGUUGAAUUAAAGAUGCUGUGAAGAUCAGUUGUAGAAUGGGGAUGGGGGAUGGAAAUAAGAUUUCAGAAUUCAAAACUUAAGUACAGUAUAUGAAUUUAAACCUUUGGGUUUGGAAACAGAAUAUGGAUUCAGCCUAAGAAACUACCCAAGAAAACUAACCAUCAACUGCCCAUUCAGGUACAGCAAACCCAAAAUGAAACACAGCAGGGAGCAAAGAGGUAUGUGAAAAGAGAAGCAAUUAAAAUCAUGCCCAUCUAUCAUAGAAAAGGGAGGUACUAAAUGAAGGGGGAGUUUUUAAGGUAUCAUCUAUAUGGCUCUGAAUCACUCUACAGUGGCCUUACUUUGAAACUGAUUUUUCCAUGGUAUGGUGAAAGCCAUUGCUUGGUAGAUUUAUAGCUCUGCCACAGCCAACCAUGAACAUCAGCUCAAAACCAGCAGUAAUAACUACCUUGCUGAAUGUAUAAUAAAUGCAUUGUUCAUUGCAAUUGAUCUUGUGUUUAGAGCAUCCUUAUUUUAUAGUCCUGUUAUAAAGUUAACAUGAACUUUAAAUGCAUGUUCUAUAUGUUUUCUAUA